AUGUUAAUGAAUCAAACCUCUCUGAAACAUUUAGAUUUUGAUUUUUACACUCGUACAAACUACAUAAAUAUACCAUUUAUCAACUAUCCUGGAGGAGAAGAUUGUUUAAGAGAUCUUUCUGAAUUGAAGUGUAAUUCAAAUAUUUAUCCUGAAUUUUUUUAUAAACUAUCUCGAAUUUGUCACAAUUUACGAUCGCUAAAGAUAAUUAUUGAAGAUAACGACUUAAAUGGAUUAAUAGAAUUAGUUUCUGUUCAAAGACAUAUAAAGUACUUGGAGUUAAUAUUUCACGAUUAUUUAACAGAUAACAGGCAACUGUUUACAAAAUUUCCUGAUACAUUAACCAAGUUACGCAUUUCUGGAGGACGUUAUCGUAUACCAUGGUCACUCAUUUCAGAACUUUCGAAUUUGAAAGAACUUUCGUUAUUUUUAUUUAACAAAAUAGGUGAUUUAAAAUAUUUUAAAAACCUUCAACAUGCUGUCUUUCCGCAAUUGCAAGUUUUAACAUUUGGAUACGAAUGUCCAGAUGAUGAAUACUUAACUAAAUUCCUGGAAAAUAAUGGAAAGAAUUUAAAGGAACUUGGUCUUUGCGAAAAUAUUAAUGUUUCAUUAAAUUUAAAAUUAGGAAAAUAUUGUCCAAAUUUGAGGUCUUUAUGCACUGCUUUUCAUGGAGACAUAGAACCAUUGAAAGGAAUUUUUAAUGGUUGUCAACAAUUAGAAAGGUUAGAGAUUUUGCGUUGCGAAUUCCUUUUAGACGAGCGUGAAUUAUUAGAGAUUGUUGUAGAAUUUUCACCUAAAAAGUUUUACGAGUUAUCAAUUGAUUUAGGAGUUCACAUAUAUUCGGAAACAUUUCAAUGGGGAUUAAGGUCUAUUUUGGAACGCUGGGCGAAUCGCGUACCAUGUAUUCCUCUCUCUUUAACUUUUGCUUCAUGUUCAGAAUUGGAUAUAGAACUGUCAAAAAGUAAUAUCAAAAUAAUUGAAAAGUUUAAAAAACUGGGCGUUAUCAAGGAAUUUAAAAUUAGUAACGUUGGAUAUGAUUAA